UUAUACCCCAGUAAUCUGACGUGCACACAGACACAAAUCUAAGCCAGUAUUCCCUGAAUCAAAUGUCUGAUGUGUCAGUGAGUAAAGACAGCCUUGGAUCGUGUCACGCAGAGGGCGUCAGUCAGUGCGCCUUUACGCGCUCCUUAAACGCUGCUGCGUCCGACUCCCAGAGCGCAUGUGUUCAGAGCGGAGGAAGAGGAGUCAUGGAGAGGAGGCUCUGAAUUGAAUUAGUUUUCUCGCUUUUCUGGAGGUGUAAGAUGAGAGUCUUUGCACUGAGGCUGGCGACUCCGGAAAGAUUUUUAAAAGCAACUUUAAACUUUCAGGUAGAGGAAAUGUCCACAAAUGCAAGUCCGACCAUUCCCUCCUCACUGACCCCGGAUCAGCUCACUGUGCUCGCUGCCUCCUUUUCUUCUCUGGUGUUCUUUUUUGUUGUCAUCGUGCUGCUUUCCAUUAUUUACCGCAAAGAUCCCCACUGCUGCAAACACGGCUCCUAUCAGGACCCACAUGCAGAUAUGGACGCUCCCCCUCAGUACUACAGCAGCAGACAGACUCUGGUUGGAUCUCCGUGUUUGGAGCAGACUCAGAUCUCUGAUGACGGCAACACCCGGUUGUCAGAUGAGGUUUUCUACGUUGGCUUGCCCUCCACUUACAGCCUGCCCACCAUGGAGGCCCCCCUGCCGAGGCUCCCCUCCUACGAAAGCGUCCGAAAGAAGGACCGCCAGAGGCAAAUCCACAUGAUGAUUGCUGACCGCUUUGGCCUCAAUGGACCCAUUGUUACAGAGUCUCCUCCUUCAUAUGAAGAGAGCAUCCGUCAGUCUGUGGAGCUGCCCUACAACAUCCUGUCACCGAGCCUGGACGUCCCCUCUCCUCAGACAGUUAAUACCAGCCCAGGUUACUCCACACACAGCACCGAUCUACUUCCUGUAUGAUGUGGAACAAGUCCUCCAACUAGCCAAUGGAUGUGAAGGGAAGCUCUUUAUCCUCCCCUUGCAGAACUUUCUGAUCCAGAUACCUCAAACUAAGCCAAAAAGCAACCCAAAGAGGAGCUGCACCCUAUCUACACAGAAGAACAUCCAGUUAAACAGACUUUUUUUUUUACACCAAGCUGAAGCUAAUGGGAUGAGUAUUCAUAAACUAAGGUGGCUGGGACAUCUUUAAGAAUGAAAGGAUGCAACAGGAAGACUGAAACCUGCCAAAAAAACCGAAUCUCUCUUCACUUUGUAGAUCACAGUGAAGUGGGUUUCCUAUAAAACUGUUUUGGUUUCUGUCUCGCCUUAUUUCAAUUACCAAGUACACACUUAAUGAUCAUGAUUUUCUUUUAUGUUGUGUAAAGCAGAUAUUUGUUGAUUUAGUGAACCAACACAGAGAGAGAAAGGGUGCUAAACACACAGAAUUUUUAUUCAGUAUUUUUUUUAAAAGCAUUUUCACUUACCUUACUGUGAAUUCAUGGCUUCGGAUGAAUUUUGCAUUUAUCCUGUACUAUAUUUAUUGAUGAGCACAUUAUUUUUGUCAUGACUGUAAAAAAACAGGAGGAAUUAAACAUUGCAUUAUGUUACUGUUUGA